UCUUUUUCUACACUUGUAAGCUUUCCUCUUUUGUGUCACUCCUCGAUUCUCGAGCUGGGUCAUCGCCGUUUGAUCUCGAAACUUUUCUACAGGCAAGUAAAAAUUUAAAACGUCUAAAACGAUUAAAUCAGACUUUUCCACCCUUCUCGUUUUUGGCUUUUCUCGAUUUUCUUUUUCUCAUGAUUUGAAGCUGAGAUUUUGCGAGAUCUGGUAAUUUAUUUUAUUUUUUGUGUGUUUGUUCCCUGUUUUGCUCUCUUGGAUUCUGGGGUGGGCUUGAUUUUCUUGAUUAUUUAUAAUUUCGAGAGAAAAAGUAGGUAGCUUUAUUGAUAAUCUUGGUUUUUCACUGUGUGUUGUGGGGGUUGUUUGUUUUCUAAGUUUGUGUUUAAAUAAGUCUUUGCCCAUCAUAAUUAUUAGUGGGAUUGUUGUCUACUGAGUUGUUAAAGUCUUCAAGCUGCUUCUACUGGUUUAACUUAUUGAAUCGUCAUCAUGAACUCUCCUCAAUCAGCCCUGUCACCUUUGAAGAACUCUGUCAUUAAUGAGCCUCAGAAGCACACUUCAGAUCUAUUUAUAAGGAACCCUGGUUACUUGUCCAAGGUAAAUGAGGCGCAAAAGAACGGAACCAAUAUGUAUAAUGACGAAAGCUUCAUAGGUGCUGUUGAGGUGUUUGUACAUCAAGCUAGAGACAUCCACAAUAUAUGCAUAUAUCAAAAGCAAGAUGUAUAUGCUAAGCUCUGUCUCACCAAUGAUCCUGAAAAUGCUGUCUCAACACAGAUUAUUAAUGGUGGCGGGAAAAAUCCCGUGUUCAAUCAGAAUCUCCGUCUUAAUGUCAAGAAGAUUGACACUUCAAUCAAAUGUGAGAUAUGGAUGCUCAGCAGAGUGAAGAAUUAUCUUGAAGACCAGCUUCUAGGGUUUGCGUUGGUGCCACUUUCUGAAGUAGUUAUGAGAAACGGGAAGCUAGAGAAGGACUUCUCCCUCUCUUCAACUGAUCUUUUCCAUUCCCCAGCAGGGUUUGUUCAGUUGUCCCUCUCCUACAGUGGGGCAUCACCAGAUGUUAUGGCAAUUUCCGCACUUUCCAAUUCCGUGCCCGAUGCAGAAGUUCCAGAUUCCCUUGCUAGUGCUUUUAGUAAGCUCGAGUUUCCCGAUCCCACUAUAGCAAAUGAGAAUCAUAUGAUGGUUUCAGAGUAUUAUGGGAUCCCAUGUUCUAAUAUUGACUCGCAAAGCUCUGACAGUUUGGAGUCCAGUGACACUGAUAAUAACCUUAAUUCCGAGACUGGGGCAGACUUGGUCGAAAACAGUUCAACAGAAACUAUCUGUUCCAAUGCAAUUCCAAAGCAUGAUACUCCUCCAAGCAGUGUAUCAACCAAUGGAUCACCAUCUGCUUCGGUACCUGCAAGCUGUCAGUCUUCUGAUUCGCCAAGAAACUCAAAAUCUCCAAGUGAGGAAUGCAUUUCACCUCCUAAAGAUGAUCAAAAAGAAAAAGCUGCCGAAUCUGGAGACACUGUGAGUGAUUCAACUGGAGGCAUAGCUGGAAAUACAUUUGCCAAACCUGUCGUCUCCAUAAAAAUUGAACCUGAGAAAAAAGUGGAACAACAGGAUUUUGUUAACAUGUACAUGAAAAGCAUGCAGGAAUUUACUGACUCCUUGGCAAAGAUGAAGCUCCCAUUGGAUGGUGGAAGUGGGACAACCAGUUCCGGAGAUUCAAGUACAGAUCAGAACUUGCAGGGAUCAACCACUCCUAGUUCCCGAGUUUUCUAUGGGAGCAGGGCUUUCUUCUGAGCUUACUGUUACACUAAUCAAGACGACGUUAUGCAGGUGACUCUAGACUAGGUUCGAGACUGCUGCAUGGUGCUAGUAUGUAGUAUGUUUUCAUGCAUUAUGGUUUUAUGUUGGGAUGUUUUAGCUAAUAUAAAGUGUUUGACUUGUAUGUGUGUGCAACUUACAAGCUAGUAAUCGGAUGAUGUGAUUAACUUUUUAAA